AUGGCAUCUAAGGAGCUCCCCGCACGUCUCAAGGAAGGCAUCGAGAGCACCAAGGUCGAAUACCGCCAGCUCGGAAAGUCCGGACUGCGUGUUUCAGUUCCCAUCUUUGGCUGCAUGAGUUUUGGAGACUCGCGCACCAUCGGCUGGGCUCUGAAUGAGGAAGAGGCACUGCCUCUCCUGAAGGCCGCUUACGAUAAGGGGUUGAACACAUGGGAUACCGCGAACGUGUACUCCAAUGGAGCUUCGGAGCGAACGAUUGGCAAAGCACUUAAGAAAUACAACAUCCCCCGUGAGAAGGUGGUCAUCUUGACCAAGUGUUUCUUUGCUGUCGGCGAAGAGCCAGAGACUCGCCACUUCAACUUCCGCGAGGAGAUUAACAAGUCCAAGGACUACCAGAACCAAUGGGGUUUGUCCAGAGCUUCUAUCUUUAACCAGGUAGAGGCUUCGUUGAAGAGACUGGACACUCCGUACAUCGACCUCCUCCAGAUUCACCGAUUCGACCCCAGGACACCCGUAGAAGAGACGAUGAAGGCGCUGCACGAUUUGGUGCAGACAGGGAAGGUCCGGUACAUCGGUGCCAGCAGCAUGUGGGGUACCCAAUUUGCCCAGAUGCAGUUCACUGCCGAGAAGAACGGCUGGACAAAAUUUGUGAGCAUGCAGAAUCAGUAUAAUUUGUUGUAUCGCGAAGAAGAAAGGGAGAUGAACCGAUUCUGUGACGCCACUGGAGUUGGACUCAUCCCGUGGGCUCCUCUUUGCCGUGGUCACUUGGCCCGACCCCCGAAGGACUUCGGCUCCACUUCUCGUAGCAAGACCGAGAAGGAGGGUCAGCCUGGAAGCCAUGGAACGGUGGAGCCGGACCUCACCAUCAUCAAGCGAGUUCAGGAGAUCGCGGAGAAGCGGGACUGGCCCAUGUCCCACGUGGCUCUUGCAUGGAUCAAUAAACGAAUCACGAGCCCCAUUAUUGGCUUCAGCAGCGUCGAGAGAAUUGAUCAGGCAAUCACUGCCGACGGCAAGGUCUUGACCGAUGAGGAGGAAAAGUACCUUGAGGAACUGUAUCAGGCCAAGGCUAUCUCGGGUCAUGCGUAA